UUUGCCAGUUUUCCAAAACGAGCUGCUGCUGCCAAAGCAUCUUCGAUGUUGCAGCCAUACGCUGAAUUUACUUCCUUCCGCCGAUUACGUGAAGAUUUUGAGAAGUGAGCAGGCUUUGUAUAUCCAACAUUCGAUGACAUUCGAAAAAUGCAACGCCUUGUAGAGGAAGUGCAAAUGGCCGAAGUCGGAAAUUAUUGUGGAAUGCUUGGGAUCGACAUUGCUUGUGCCCGUUGUGGAAUCGGUGGAAUUCACUGUUCGACGCAGUAACGAAGUUACUUUGGGCCAAGGACAAGUUGAAUCCUUUGUGCGAAAAACUCAGCUUGUCACAAUUUUCUCCGAGCGAUUUGCAGUAUCUGGAGAUGUACCAGUUUUUGAUGGGGCCUAUUGCUCGUGCCUUGGACUACCUUCAAGGAGAAAAUAACGUGAAUUACGGCUGCUUAAUUCCGACUCUGAUGACCCUCAGCAAUAGAUUAAAUAAGCUGCAAAACAAGCCAGAAAUGCAGCAAGUUUCCUCUGUGGUUGCUAAGUUGGAGCAGCGUUUCAGAGAUCGGUUUGACGUAUUUUUUACUUUAAAACCGGAGGCCAAUAUAGCACUAGCGGCAACUGUACUACCUCCAGAUAUUAAAAUGAGAUGGAUCAAGGUGUUGCAAAGGGUAAAACCGAAGGUGACAGUAGCGGACAAAAGUACCUGGGUUUUAAACACAAUUUGCGAUUUCUAUGCAAAAGACAAUAGUGCUUUCAAUGCACAAAUAUUGAAAAGUAAUGAAUUAUUUGCAAAUAAUAGGCAUUUUGAUUUUGACCUCAACGACACAGAUAACGAAGAAGGAACAAAUGCUACUCCUGAGCCAAGUGCUAGUGAUCGUCGGGCUUUUUUGACCGAUCACUUUUUCUGUUACUUAAAUGACAAUUCAAGAACAGACGACACUUGGCACCAGUAGAGAGGCUAUUUUGCUUUGCGGGGAUAGUGAACAGUCCAAGGCGCCAGUCAAUGUCGGACUUAUCAUUUGAGAAAUUGGUGUUAUUGAAAGCAAAUUCUAAAUGGAGUUAAUGUAUAUUUUUCUUGUUAUUUUGUUAUAAAUGAAUUUUGUUAUUUUUUUGGUGUUACAUUUAGUUAUUAUGUCUUGAUUCAAGACUCUUGAAUAUCUUUAUUUGUUGUACAAAAUUGAAUAAAAAAAUUUAUUAAAAAUUAAAAAAAGCAAAAAGACCAAAGUUGUUUGGGGUUUUGGA